AUGCUAACAUUGGUGGCGCUGCAUUAUAAAAAGGCUUACGUGUGUGUGAAUUCUGGUGUUAUCCUGCGGGAGCUGGUGGAGGACCUGCGAGCCGCUCUGCAGAGCAGCGACGCGCGGUGCCUGGCGCUGCAGGUAGGACUGCGGAAGAGCCAUGCCGAUCAUAAGAAGGAUGGGACUUGUUUCAUAGGUAAUAAGACACUAUUAACUCAGAACCACUCCCAGACCACCAAGUGCAUUCAGAGUGUCCUUAAGGAAGUGGAGCUACUUCGGAGUUCCAGAGAUGGACAAAUUGAAGAAGCAAUUAGGUUCAAUCAGGAAUUGGAAAGGGAGUUGAGGAGUUCUCAGGAAGCAGUAGUCACCUUGGAAGACUGCAACCGUAACCUAAAGAAGGAACAGGCAGAAAUGAGGAAGAAAGUUGAGGAAGCCAGAUAUGCAGUCCUGAACAGUCUUGAGAAAGUGAAGGAACUAGAAGCAAAAGCCAAUGAAGUACCACAGCUACAAACACACAUUCAGCGGCUAGAAUCAGAACUACAGUACUACAGGUCAGAGGUCAUGAAGCUCCAGCUUCCUUCUAGAAGCAGCAAAGAGCAGAAUGAGGGGGCAGCAUUACCAGACAGAAAAUUCUGUUUAUCUGUUGUGCAUCAAGAUCGAGGAUCGCCUGCUGGAGGGGCAGGGAUUUCAGAGAACGUAGAAGAUCAGAUGUUCCGUUCUGUGGAGGGCCAGGCUGCCUCUGAUGAGGAGGAGGAGAAGUGGACAGGGGAGCAGCCAUCUCAGGUGGCUGAAGUGAAGAAGCUACUGACCAGGCUUCCUUGUUGUGGCAGCGGAUGUGAUGACAAAAUGCUGAAGAAGUUGAUGUCUUAUUUUGGAGAUGCCAAUAGUGAUUGUCAUGAGAAUGCCACUGUAGAACUGGUAGAGAGAACUGUGAAGUUGACUGAGCAGCCUGAGCAUAAAGGAAAUGAUACGAAAACGUUGGAAACUAAUGUGGAAGAGAUGAAAGGCCCAUUGCUAGGUGAGUUGCAACAAAAAGUGGAGGAGACGGAAUUGUUGAAGAUGGAGCUACAGAUGUUGGAGACUGAGAGAGUUAGACUGUCACUGGUGGAAGAAAAGCUCAUGGAUGUUUUGCAGCUUCUUCAACAACUUCGAGAUCUGAACAUAUCUAAGCGAGCCUUGGGAAAAAUCUUGCUGAGCACUUUGGAAUCCUGCCAGGACAACCAACAUGGAAAAGCCCAUAUUUUUGAGGUCCUAGAUACUCUCUACCAGGAGUUGGCGUCAUGCGAACUCUUACAAAGCCAGUCUCUCGAGAAGGCCCAGAGUCACCAGUCUCUGUCUAACCCACUGGUCAUCUCUUGCUGAGCAACAUUACCAUCUACAGCUUUUCAUGACUGUUCAGACAAUGAUACUUAAACAGAGAAUGCAAGAAUGAGAUGUGCCAUAUUCAAAGGAGUUCAGUAAAGGAGAAAAGCAGUACAACAAUUAAAUCAUAAAAUCCCAGGUAUGCUGCUUCUGGGAGCACCUCUAAUGCCUCAGCUAAUUGCAACACAGUCCUUUAUUUCGAAGAACGUUCACAUUUCAUGAGGAUUACUUAAUGAUGCCCAUCUCUGAAGCCUAACAACUGCCACAUUCUGGCAUUUUAAAUUGUACCAGCUCACCAAAUAAAGAGCAUCCCAGCUGCACUGACAAGCCUAAUAUACAGUUUCAACUCUGAUAAUAGAUUAGCUAGAGACAGUUUUUAUCUUUUGUGGUAAAUGAAUCAGUUUAUUCAAACAGUGACAGCCUGUGUAACCACUAGAAAACAUGUUUUCUUAAGGUAGAAGAGACAAAAUUACUGUAUUAUAAAAUACAUAUGCACCUUUAUAAGCCAAUAGGGCAGGCUAAGGACCUAUAUACAAAUGUGUCUAUCCAUCUAUGUGAUCAUGGUUAUACAUCUUAUUUCAUUCUAAUUCUAGAGUUGUUUCUGAUCCUCUGGAUCUUUAUUUGAAACUAUGAACAAUUUAGACAUGUAAUUACACUUCGAUAUCAAUCAGCAACUAUCCUUUCUGACUCUAAUCUUAAACAUAAUAUUUAAUAUAAAAAUAUAACUGUUUGAACAAGUGCCAAGUGAUCUUGUUCGCCUGACUGUCAAGAUGGAAAAGGCUGAAAAGAUGGAGAGCUUCAUCUCACACCGUCACAGAUUCCAUCAUCCAACCAGCAAGUGAUAUACUGAUACGGCUUUCCUAUAUCAUCCAGUUACCCUGAAUGAGACUGUAUAGAUAUAAAGCAAGGUCUUAUCUGCAGGCAAAAGCAAUUUGAAGGAAGUAAAAUGCUGGACAUACUUAUGAAUGAAAGUGCCUAAUAUUUAGUCAAUAAUAAGAUCAGGACAAAAUUAAGUCCAAAAGCUGCUGCCAAGUUGUUACUGCUACUUAAAUAAGCCAAAAGGCAGAAUUUCUUAACACAGUCUAGCAAAUUUGCAUAGUUAAAAAAAAAAUAGUUGUUUUAUAGCUCUUUUGGGUGCAUAUAAAGAAUUUGCUUUGCCUGAGAUAAUUCAGGCAAUGAAAUGAGGCUGUUUAUUUCAAAAUAAUAUAUACUUGAAACCAUCUCUGCACUGGUUUUCCCAUAAGAAAAAUGGUUCAAGGCCCAACCUCAUUUACUUUUUGUAAUCCUUCAUAUUCAUACACCAUUAUGUUUAUUCAUGCGAAUCAGAUGUACAUAUACACUUAAUUGCCAAGUAUUGAGUAUCAUUUAGAAACAUGCUUAUGACAACAGUUUGCAGUAGAUCUUUUCAUUUCUUUUGGGGGAUAAAAAAAAGGGGAAUGGAAAAAGUGGGCCAACUUCUGCUUGUUGAAUUGGUUCUCUCUAGAUUUAUACUGAGAUUAUAGAACAAAAUUCAGCAUAGUAACUAUGUAUUUACAUUACAGAUAUACAUUAAUGUUAGAUUAGACUUAGAUUGACAGGCAGUCAUGAUGUAGGAGUCAUAAGGCAAUAACAAAUUAAAUAUAAAUGUAACAAUAAAAAAGAUCAAAUAGCAAAAAUACUGUGCAUUUUCCUGUUUGUGUUCAUUUCCUCCAAAGGAGAAAACAAUGAACCAGAUUGCUCUGUGCAGCUCCUACAGAUGUCAGCAAGAGCACUGCAUUUAUACCAAGACAGGAUUUGUUCUACUGCAAAUGCUGGCAAAACCAUAAAUACUGACCAGGAUGUAUGUGCGCAUUUGAUGGGAGUAGUCUAGAACGUAUUACAUACCUGGUUGUGCAUUCUCCAAAUGAUGGAGGUAGCCUCAGCUCCUUACAAAGGAACAUACUAAUUUUUUCUGCCACUGUCUUGCUACUUCACUUCCCAAUAUAUCAGAUAGCCUGCCAUCCUGAUGAGAAACUAGGGAAGCCAUGUAACCUAGAUGCUAUGCAACUCAAACAGCAAUUAAGGUGUAACUGGAGACAGAAAAGGUGUCACUACACUGUGGUUACUGCUGCUGUUAAUGAAGUGAAGAGCAAGUGCUAAUGAAAACUCUUGCCAAUAAGUUUGCUGGAAUUGUGUAAGAUGGGAAAUAGCAGAAUCUUGUCUUGUGAAAAAUAGUUUCCCAGUUCUGUACCAUUUUCUAGUCACAUAAGAAAUGGCUGCAUCAGAAGUGCCCCAACUAGUUCUCCUAAAAUAAAAUACUUUCAGAAACCCAAUAGAAUGCUUGAACACUACAAGGCACAGGAGCUCCUAGUGGAAUCAGAAUUUUUGUUCCCAAGUUCCAAACUAGCCUCACUGUAUUACAAAAUAAACAGAGAAAAGAGAAAUCUCAGCACAUGUAUUUUUUCCAGCAAAGAAAUAAAGUUACCAAUC